UGCCGGGAACAUCCGGUUUGCGGCUAAGGAGGCGGUGGAGGGAGAGAACGGUUUCCCGUCGCCCCUGUCCCUCCCCCCACCAGCCAAAGCCAUGGCCUUGGAUGGGCAGGAGGCUGCUGCAAGCCAGGAGCCCGGGAGGAGGAACCGGAGGCGCGGCCCCUAUGCCUGCCCCGAGUGCGGUGAGGUCUCCUCCUCGCUGGCCCGCCUCCGUUCGCACACACGCAGCGCCCACCGGCCCCCGGGACCCCCCGCCAAGCCACUGCUGCGGGGAGGAGGUCGGGUGGUGGCCAAGCGCGGCAUCAGGGCAAAAGCUGAGGGAAUCGCUGCAGAAAUCACCAAGACAGAGGCCGAGGAAAAUGCCAGGGGAGACGGCGAGCCAGCGGCAAUCGAGCGCAGUGUGGAAAGAGGACCAGCAGUGGCAAAGCGAGCCUCCAGGGGCCGACCCAGGAAGGUGGCCGCACUGAGCUCCCAAGCAGAGGCCAAUAGUGAGGGCCAGGCGAGGGAAAACAGGACGGUCACUGUGAGUGACAAGAUCAUCACUGUGGGCAACAGGACAGUCACUGGGGGUGAUGAGACUCUCGCCAUGAGUGACAAGAUUGCCAUUGUCACUGUCGAUGCUGGGGCUGAGGAUGUGGCAGCAAUUGCCGGGGGCGAGGAGAUGGCUGCAAUGGGCCUCAAGAUGGUGGCCAUGGGCAACAAGAUGGUGGCCAUGGGUGACAGGGUGGCCGCCUGCCUCGCCGGGGGUGAUGAAGUGGCUGAAAUGGGUAGCAAGAUGGUCGCCAUGGGCACCAGGAUGGUGGUAGGGGCCGACCGGCUAGUCACCGGGGGUGAUGGGAUGGCUGCCGUCGGUGAUGAGCCAGUCGCUGGGGGUGACGAAACAGCUGCCAGGAGUGACGAGAUGGGUGGCGAGUCUGUUGCUGGGGACAACAGGAUGGUUGCUGGUGCUGACAGGACAGUCCGUCGCUUUUCCUGUCCGCUGUGCCCCAAGGCGUACCGGACUGCGUCAGAGCUGCGGGCCCACGGUCGUUCGCACACGGGUGAGAAGCCCUUCCCCUGCGGCGAGUGUGGCAAGGCUUUUGCUCGGCCCGUCUGCCUUCGGGUCCAUGCUGCCCAGGCCCACGGCCCCGGUCCCGGCCGGGCCUGCCUCUGCGCCCACUGUGGCAAAGCCUGCGCUAGCCCGGCCAAGCUGCGGGUUCACGAACGCCUGCACACUGGAGAGCGGCCCUACGCCUGUCCUGAUUGCGGCAAGGCCUUCGCUGACCCGUCAGUGUGCCGCAAGCACCGGCGGGCACACGCUGGCCUGAGGCCCCACGUCUGCCCCGCCUGUGGCCAGCGCUACGCCGAGCUCAAGGACCUGCGCAAUCAUCAGCGCCGGCAUACGGGUGAGCGACCCUUCCUCUGCGCCGCCUGCGGCAAGGCCUUCGGCCGUCUCUCCUCGCUUACCUGUCACCAACGCAUUCACGCCGCCGACAAACCCCACCGCUGUGCCGACUGCGGUAAGUCCUUCACCCAGCGCUCCUCCUGGCGCAACCAUCGCCGCACCCACUCUGGCGAGAGGCCUUUUCUCUGCCCCGCCUGUGGCCGCCUCUUUGCCGAUCCCUCCUCCUUCCGGCGUCACCAGCGGGCCCACGCCGGCCUGAGGCCCCACGCCUGCGACCGCUGCCCAAAGCGCUUCCGCCAGCCUGCCGACCUGGCCUUGCACCGCCGCGUGCACACCGGCGAGCGGCCGCAUCCCUGUCCCGACUGCGGCAAGGCCUUCGCAGCCUCCUGGGACCUGAAGCGGCACCGGCUGGCCCACAGCGGCCUACGGCCCCAUGCCUGCCCUGACUGCGGCAAAGCCUUCGCCGAGCGGGCUGGCCUCACCAAGCACCGGCGCACCCACACUGGUGAGAGGCCCUACCGCUGUGGCCGCUGUGACAAGGCUUUUGGUGUCUCUUCGGGCCUGCGUAAACACCUGCGCUCCCACGCCCAGGAGCCCUGCCCCAUUUGCCCCGCUGUGCUGGAAGGCCGGGCCGCUCUCCGCCGCCACCAGCGGGAGCACCCGCCUCCCCCACCCUCAGAUGGGACGCCGGCCCCCCUGCCCUCUGCCUCUUCCCCCUCCAGCACCGCGGCUCCCUGGCGCUUCCCCUGCCUCCUCUGCGGCAAGGAAUUCACCAGGCGCUCGGGCCUGCACCGACACCAGCGGGCCCAUGCCGGGACGGAGGGUGAGAGGGAGAUGCAGAGAGGAGGAGAGGGGGGAGAGGAGGCAGAGAGUGAUGUUCCACAGCAGGUGUGCCAGGAGGUGGAGGAGGGGGCUACUGUCUCCCCUCGGGUCAAGGAAGAAGAGGAGGAGCAGGGCGAGAGGGGGCACUGGCCAGAGGAGGAGGGGGAAGAGGCGAAGGUCCAGCUGCCAGCUGGGGCUGGAUUUCAGGGGGAGGGAUGUUGAACCUGAGGGGGGUGUGUAGGAG